AUGGCGCGACUGAACCGCGGGAGAGAGCGCCACGAGCGAUAUCAGUCAUCCUCGCAAAUGACCCUCCUAGCUUUGAUUUGUGGCGUAGCUGGGGAAGAGGAUCUGUGCAUGCUGCUGUGUGUCUGCUGCUUGUACAAGUGGCGUCGCUAUCACGAGCUACUUGCCCCGACCCCGCUUGAAGGCGUGCUCCCGAACCACACCUUCUUCGAAGCUAUCGGGGGCUUUGACUUCAAGGAGGUAUUUCACUUCGAGAAACCGCAUUUCUUGCAGCUUCUACGAAGGCUGGAGCUUCCGGACAGCUUCGAAGUUUCGAGGUUACUUGUUGGAGCUUCUUUCUUGGCUGCAGCAGUCCUGGAGGUGUACCCUGAAUCCGACAGGCUGUCCGCACCGCCCGCCUUGGUCCGGGAUAGUUUUUUCUGGGGCAUGUCCGAGACGCUGAUUUGCGGGGUGUUCAACCUCACGAUAGGGGCGAUUCACGAGCGUUGGGGGCAUUCGGUGAAGCACUUGCAGCGUAUCUAUUGUAAUGGUUGGAAGCGUGUACACGCCUUGAAAUACCAGGCGGUUGACUCACCGGACGGCAUAAUCAAGCAACUCUGGGGCCCCACGGUAGGGCGUAGGCACGAUGUGACGUUGCUUGGACAGAGUGCGGUUUCAAACGUUUUAGAGCAGUCGGUCAAUGACGAGAUGGGAGAACCCUACCACACAUACGGUGACCCUGCAUUCCAGGCGUCGCCGUGGCUUAUGGUGCCUUUCCGAGGGGUGCUGACCGCCCUAGAAGAGGCAUUCAAUGCGGAAAUGAGCGCCGUCAGGGUUUCCGUCGAGUGGGGGUUUGGGCGAGUCGUGGCCUUGUGGCCUUACAUCGAUUGCCAAAAGAAGCAGCAAGUAGGUUUGAGCGCGUGUGGCCUUGGGAAGCAGUACAAGGUAGCUGUCAUCCUGACGAACUGCCAAUGCUGCUUCUACCCGAACCAAACGUCGACGUUCUUUGGUGUGCCUCCUCCGUCUCUCCGCGCCUACCUUGCUGGAGAGGGUUGA